UGCGACAGUGUCCCACAAGGCAGCGUCUGCUGCCUCGCACGAGCGCCGCACGGCAUCUCCCGCACGGGUCUAGGGAGCUCCUGCCGCUUCAUGGCAUGGGUAAACGUCCCUGCCUUAGCGCGCGAGAGGUGUGCCAUUAGUCUUCGCCGAAGCCCGUCCUCGUCACACAAAAUCGAACACUUCUCGUCGUCCCAAGCAGUUGCAGCGAGCGAAUGGAGCUUUCUUGGAGGGAGUAAGAGGGUCUGUCUGUGCAUGCCCCCUACUGGCUUGAGCUUUGGGAGGGGUGUGACCGCAACAAGGCAAAGACUCCUCGUUUUUGUUGCCAAUGCAUCGCAACCCGAGAAACCUGAGGGAGAGGGAGAUGACGACGAAGCAGGUGACAAUGCAAAAGUCAAACUCUUUACCUUUUCCAAAGCAAGAAGAUGGUUACCAACUGGCCCGUCGUCCCCCAAACAUAACGCACGCUCAUUUUGACUGUAUCAGGCCGGAAGCAUACCUUGUAUACGUUCAUUUUCAGGGUGCGUUGUGUUCGGGGGAAGACACGGUAGCUCAGUUAGUACACCCCUGAACUGAGCUGUUAAAAUACAGACCUGAGUUCGAACUCCACUGAAAGCAGAUGAUUAAAAUACUGCAAUAAUAGUACAAUUCUGAAUUCAAAAAAAGAAGUAUCCCUAGUUUGGGGGCAAUCAUCAGCCUCUUCACCCUGCACCUUAAUCAAUAUGAAAGUCCAUGUGCUGAGCAACAAAAAGCAUGCUCCCUC